AUUGGAUUAUGGAAGGGCAGGAAUUGUGAGGAGACCAGUGUUAGGGGGCUACUGCCAUAGAUGACAGGUGGUGGCCUAGGGUGGUGGCAGUGGGUAUGAGAGACAAGUGGACGGAACCAAGUUGUAUCAGGAAGUAAAAAUCUAAGACUUUAUGGAUUGGAUAUGGCAUUUGAGUGACAGAUAGGUAUCCAGCGAUCAUUCUGAGUUUCUGGCCUAAGUGAAUUAAACUAAACAAGAACAAACUAUUUUGAGCGUUUUUCUAAGGGUUCUUUUUCUCCUAGUGUUGAAACAAAAACCACAUUUUUCUUCCUGCCUGAUUAUAUUUACUCGUGUUUUGUGUGCUCACUGUAGAAAAUUCAAAACAUACACAGUAAGAUAUUUUCUUUUUUGUAGAGGGCAAGAAAAUCACCUAAUAAUCUCACUACCUGAGAUAGCCAUAUUUUGGUGUUUUCCUUCAUGUCUUUUUUUUCCAGAUCACACUGAUUAUAUCUUUCUGAAUCCAUUUUGUUUCAUUGGACAUUAGCAUGACUAAAGAUUGAACUACUGUGUGCCAGGACAUUAUUCACAAAUUCUUUUUUCUGAUUGUAACAGAAAAAGUCAAAUGUUAUUCUGCCAAGUCAGAGUAGAAUCCUGCUUAUCUGUGAAAUGCAGUUAACACAUCAGUUGGACCUGUUUCCUGAAUGCAGGGUGACUAUCCUGUUAUUUAAUGAUGUAAAAAAUGCUGGAGACUUGAGAAAAAAGGCCAUGGAAGGCACCAUGGAUGGUUCAUUGAUAAAUCCUGCAGUGAUUGUCGAUCCAUUUCAGAUCCUCGUGGCAGCAAACAAAGCAGUUCACCUCUACAAACUGGGAAAAAUGAAGACAAGAACUCUAUCUACUGAAAUUAUUUUCAACCUUUCCCCAAAUAACAAUAUUUCAGAGGCUUUGAAAAAAUUUGGUAUCUCGGCAAAUGACACUUCAAUUCUGAUCGUUUACAUUGAAGAGGGAGAAAAACACAUAAAUCAAGAAUACCUAAUUUCCCAAGUAGAAGGUCAUCAGGUUUCUCUGAAGAAUCUUCCCGAAAUAACAAAUAUUACAGAAGUCAAAAAGAUAUAUAAACUUUCUUCACAAGAAGAAAGUAUUGGGACGUUAUUGGAUGGUAUCAUUUGUAGAAUGUCAACAAAAGAUGUUUUAUGAAGUGUCAGAAAUAUUAAGAGAAAUUUAUAGCCUUAAAGAAAACAUUGGGGUUCAGAUCCCCAUACUGGCCAGCCACCAAAAAAAAGAAAACAU